AUGUACAUUAAACAGGUUAUUAUACAAGGUUUUAAAAGUUAUAGAGAACAAACAGUUGUCGAGCCUUUCGAUCACAGGCAUAAUGUUGUAGUAGGUCGUAAUGGGUCUGGUAAAAGUAAUUUUUUUUAUGCAAUUCAAUUUGUACUCAGCGAUGAAUUUUCUCAUCUUAGACCAGAACAAAGGCAAGCUUUGUUACACGAAGGAACAGGACCAAGAGUUAUGACAGCAUAUGUCGAGAUUUUAUUCGAUAACUCUGACGGCAGAAUACCAAUAGAAAGAGAUGAAGUACCACUUCGAAGGGUUAUUGGUGCCAAAAAAGAUUCCUACUUUUUAAACAAAAAAAAUGUGCCUAGACAGGAUGUUAUGAAUCUUUUGGAAUCGGCAGGUUUUUCAAGGUCUAAUCCUUAUUACAUAGUUAAGCAAGGAAAGAUUAAUCAAAUGGCUACAGCUCCUGAUUCUCAAAGACUAAAACUUUUGAGAGAGGUAGCUGGAACAAGAGUUUAUGAUGAAAGACGAGAGGAAUCUCAGAACAUUCUUCAAGACACCAAAACGAAAAUAGCCAAAAUUGAUGAUUUUUUGCAUACAAUCGAUGAAAGAUUAAAAACAUUAGAAGAAGAAAAGGAAGAAUUAAAAGAAUACCAAAAAUGGGAUAAAGUUAGAAGAUCAUUAGAAUAUUGUAUUUUUGAUAAAGAAUUAAAAGAGGCUCAAAAAAAAUUGAGAGAGCUGGAAGAUCACAGAAAAAAUUCAAAUGAAGUUCAAAAUAAGCUUAAUAACGAGUUGAAAAAGUCUCAAGAUGAAGUUCAUAAAGCUAGUCAGGCAUUACGUAAAGCGAAAAAAGAUGUCACAGAGGCAAAAUAUCAGAGAGAUGCAUUAAGUUCUGAACAGGCUCAACUCCUUAAAGAAAAAACAAAGUUGGAACUUACAAUAAAAGAUUUGACAGAUGAAGUUUCCGGGGAUAAUAAAUCCAAAGAAAGAGCUGAAUCGGAAUUAAAUAAAUUAAAAGAACAAAUUGAUGAGAAAAAAAAACAAUUGGAAAGAAUAAAACCUCAGUAUGAAGAAAUGAAAAAAAAAGAAGAAAAUUGCAAUAGGGAAUUAGCAUUAAAAGAACAAAAACGUAAAGAAUUGUACGCUAAACAGGGAAGGGGAUCUCAGUUUACGUCUAAAGAAGAAAGAGAUCAGUGGAUUCAAAAAGAAUUGAAAUUAUUAAGGAAACAAAUAAAAGACAAAGAAGAGCACAGGGAUAAAAUUGCUGCCGAUUUGGAAAAAGAUGCCAAGAGAUCCGUGGAAUUAGAAAAGGAAAUUGAAGGGAGAACAAAAGACAUGGAAUUACUCAGAAUGGAAAUCGAUAGGCAUAAUAAGGAUUUUUACGAAAUAAAAAAGAAAAAAGAUCAACUACAAGUUAAAAGAGGAGAAUUAUGGCGAAAAGAAACUCAGUUGAAUCAACAAUUAACUUCUGCUAAAGAAGAUCUCGCUAAGGCUGAUCAAGCAUUGCGUUCAUUAGCUGGAAAGCCCACUUUAAAUGGUCGAGACAGUGUAUGCAAGGUAUUAGAAACGUUUCGGGAAAGGGGUGGUCAUUGGAAAGAAAUCGCGGAUAAAUAUUAUAAUCCAGUCAUCGAAAAUUUCACUUGUGCCGAGAAUAUUUACACCGCCGUGGAAGUUACAGCCGGUGCCAGAUUAUUUCAUCACAUAGUCGAAUCUGAUAGAGUGGGAACGGAAAUUUUAAAAGAAAUGAAUAAGCAAAAGUUGCCUGGAGAAGUUACAUUCAUGCCUUUAAAUCGAUUAAUAGUUAGGGAGCAAAGUUAUCCGCAGACGGAGGACGCUAUUCCCAUGGUAUCGAAGUUAGUUUACGAGCCCAAGUACGAAAAAGCCAUGAAAUAUUUGUUUGGAAAAACCCUCAUUUGUCGAAAUUUAGAAUCGGCCACGAAUUUAGCUCGUAGCACCGGCCUCGAUUGUGUUACACUAGACGGUGAUCAGGUAUCUUCCAAAGGAUCUUUAACCGGAGGAUACUUUAAUAGUUCUCGCUCUCGUUUGGAAACUCAGAAAAAGCGUACGGAGCAUAAGACUGAAAUGCGAAAAAUAGAGGAUGAAUUAAACGAGCUUAAAAAUGAAAUGAAAGCAAUGGAACAGGAAAUUAGUGCCGUGGUAUCGGAUUUGCAAAAAACGGAAAAUAAAAACGCCAAACAUAAAGAUAAUUACGAUCAGUGCAAAAGUCAAAUAAGGUUGAUGAAAGAAGAAUUGCAAGGUAUCGAAAGGUAUAAGAACCCGAAGGAAAGAUCUCUCACUCAAUGCACGUCCAGUUUGGAAGCAAUAAAGACUACGAAAGAAGGUUUGGAAAAUGAGCUGCAUCAAGAAUUAAUGGAGCAACUGUCGAGAGAAGACCAAGAGGUUGUCGAUCAAUUAAACGACGACAUAAGGAGACUAACGCAAGAAAACAAGGAAGCAUUUACGAUGAGAAUGAGAUUGGAGGCUGAAAAAAAUAAAUUGGAUAAUUUACUGACAAAUAAUUUAAUUCGUCGACACGACGAAUUAAUUCAAGCUCUACAGGAAAUUUCGGUCGAAGAUAGGAAAAGACAAUUGGAAAAUUGCACACUCGAAUUGGGUAACGUGGAAGCGAGAAUCGCGGAAGUGAAUAAGGAUUUCAAAGCGAUGGAAAAAAGAGUGAAAGAAGCCACGGAUAAGCAAAAAAGAGAACAGGGAGCUUUGGAAGAAUGGAAAAAUAAAGAAAAAAUCGCACAGGAUAAAAUCGAUGAAGAUUCAAAAGGAUUGGAGAAAAUUUCAAGCAAAGAAAAUGCAUUGAAAACUAAAAUAGAAGAAGCUCAAAAUAAGAUAACGGAAAUGGGUUCGGUACCAUCGGUUGAACUGAUACAAAAAUAUCAGCAACAAAAUCAAAAAUACCUUUUUAAAGAGUUGGAAAAAGCAAACAACAACCUGAAAAAAUACAGUCACGUGAAUAAGAAAGCGUUAGAUCAAUUCAUUAGUUUUUCCGAACAAAAAGAAAAACUUUACGAAAGAAAAGCCGAACUCGAUCGAGGAGAGGAAAAAAUUCAAGAACUUUUAAAUCAUUUGGAAACGAGGAAAACGGAAGCCAUACAAUUCACGUUUAAACAAGUCGCGAAAUAUUUUUCUGAAGUUUUUAAAAAGCUCGUACCUCAGGGAAGUGGCGAACUCGUCAUUCAUUCCAACAGGAGCAGUUCUAGUGCCACGAACGAAUCUUCGUUGGACGUCACGUCCGCGGACGAGUAUACCGGCGUCGGAAUUAAAGUUUCGUUUACGUCAACAAAAUCUGGAGAAAUGAGAGAAAUGAAUCAAUUAUCCGGUGGUCAAAAAUCAUUGGUUGCUCUCGCGCUAAUUUUUGCCAUUCAAAAAUGCGAUCCUGCGCCAUUUUAUUUAUUCGACGAAAUCGAUCAGGCAUUGGAUGCACAACAUAGAAAAGCCGUCGCAGACAUGAUUCACGAAUUAUCUAAAACGGCUCAAUUCAUCACGACCACGUUUCGUCCCGAAUUACUGGAACAUGCACAUAAAUUUUACGGAGUCAAAUUUCGGAAUAAAGUAAGUCACGUGGAUUGCGUUUCGCGGGAAGAUGCCUACGAUUUUGUUGAAGAUGACACGACUCACGGAUAA